AUGGAGCGGGUCCUUGCCCAAGCGCUACUCUCUCAGAGCCCCGACCCCCGCGCCCUGCUCGGGGCAUUCUGCGUGUGGGAGUCCCCAGUUCCUGCAGAGCGCGUGGAGACGCUACGGUUUCUUCUUCAGCGGCUCGAAGAGGAGCAGGAGGUUGGCAGCAACGCGAGUGCGCGUCCUGCGACGCAGCUGUUGCAGGAGGCUGUGCGCGAGGUCGCUACCGGCCACCUUGUGCCUUUGCUUCGGGGCCUGCGGGCCUGCCGGACCGGGGCGCCUGCCGGGGAGCCCUCGACGCCUCGUGACCGCCGGCGCCGCGUGCUUAGGGCCGCGGGCGGGGCCCUGCGCUCGUGCGCCCGCCUAUCCGGGUGUCCCCAGCUGGCUGUCGGACUGGUGCAGGAGGCACUUUGCGACCUGCUCUCCCCGAGGCCUGCUCUGGGCGCCGAGGAGGCCAUCGAGGUUCUGGUGGCAUUGGGCCCCUGCCUGCGGCCCCAAGAGGACCGAGUGCUGCUGGAGCACCUGGCCCGGGAGGCUUUGGCUGUGGCGCUGGGGGACGAGGACGAUGAGGAAUCCGGUGGUGAAGAUGGGGCUGCGACGCUGGUGGCGGCACGACUGCUCCCCGCAUUGGGUAGGAGCUGCGCGGCCGCGCUCCAAGUGCUGUGGGACGGGCUCCUGCCCCUAGAGAAGGAGGAGCCGGAAAGGCUGGACUCUGCGCCACUCGCUCUCCGCGUCGACCGGCGGCUGCUGGUGCUGAGCAACCUGGCUGAGAAGCUGUUGCCCACCCCAGGUGUAGGCGGAGCUUGGGAUGCCCCGGAGGAGGAGAUGCCUGAUGCGAGGCGGUGCUCGCGCUUCUGGAGGGCAGUACAGGCUGGCUUGGUGCAAGCUGAUGGGCUGACCCGCAAGAGAGCCCGCUAUCUGCUGCAGAGGGCAGUGGAGGCUUCUGCAGGGUUGGGGACCGAAUGCAGCAGCGGGGCCCCUGAUGCAAACGAACCGAGUCUGUUUUGGUGGUCAGAGAAGAAAAAAGAAGAAUUCUUGAAAUUUUGGGAAAACUAUAUUUUAAUAAUGGAAACACUUGAAGGAAAUCAGGAGCAAGGGAAAAAAGAUAGAUCUCCCAUAAGGUCCCCAGGCCACAAGAUAGGAAGCUGUUCCCCUUUGGGAAUGAAAUUACAGACAUUUUUAGUCACUUAUGUUUCCCUCCUUUCAGAAGACAUAAAGAGUAGUUUCCUAUUGAAAUUUAUUAAGAAGAUGACAAGUAGGCACUGGUGUGCCGUUCCCAUUUUAUUCCUGUCCAGGGCUCUGGCACAUAUCCCAAGAUGUAAAGUGCUUGGGGUAGAAGGCCUUCUUGCUCUCAGGGAUGUUCUUCAGUGUACUAUGAUCACACAUCAGAUUCUUUUGAGGGGAGCAGCUCAGUGCUAUCUUCUUCAAACAGCUAUGAAUUUGAUUGAUGUGGAAAAGGUGUCAUUUUCAGAUGUUUCAAAUUUCCUCAUGUCCUUGAGACAAGAGGAAUCCUUAGGCAGAGGUACUGCACUAUGGACAGAGCUCUGUGACUGGUUGCGGGUUAAUGAGAACUACUUUGGAGAAAUCUGCAAUUGCAUUGACUUUUCUGGCAGGAGUUCCUUAAAUGUGUAUGUACAGAGCCUAGUGCAAGACUAUAUUAAGUCACCUACCUUGGAAACAGGAGGAAAUUGCUUUAUGCCUGAUUGGUACGAAGCUAAACUUGUUGCUCUGAUGAUCCUGCUUGCUGCAGAUGUGGAGGAAAUGAAAAAUAAAUAUAGUGAAAGGAAGAAAACACAGAAUGAAUUAAAGGCUUUCCUGCAUCCUCUUAUGGAUUCCCUUAUGAAGCUUGGUACAAAUGCUUAUAUACCCUUGCUGAAAACAGACAAAUGCUUACAGUUGUUGUUGAAAUUAUUGCACACUUCUUCACUGAAAAGUCCCCUAGUACAAGAUGAUGGGGUGUUAACUCUUCUUCAAAAUUCUGUCAUGUGUACUACAGAAAGUAUUUUUGAAUUUAUUGUCAGAAGACUGACAGCCAGUGAACUGAAAACUGUUUCAGAUCUAGAACGUUGUCACUUAUAUUUAACAAUAUUAAAUGAACUUGUGAAUUUACAUGGAAAGAUUGGUUGGAAAAACAAUAACUCCAUUUGGAGAUUCAUUUCUCUUUUAAAAAAUGCAUCUAUUCUACAUCUUCAGGAUGUCAAUAGUGAAAAGGAACCAAUACUUGGUAAACAGAUUCAGAAAGUAGUUAGUAUGGAAUGUUUAGCAAUGGUCUGUGGGAUCCUCUCCCAGAAGUCAGGUCUGCAUCUUGAUUCCCUAGAUAUUGGAAUUUUGGAAAGAUUCAUUUCUUCUUUUCACCUCAACCAGAUAGUAAGAAAGCCACAUUCUGAGGAACAAAACAGGUUUGUUCAUCUUUUCUUGCUUAAGAUUUUAUUUGAAGAAUCAUCCUCUUCCCAGGGCUGGGGUAGAAUAGUUGCACAGUAUGUUCAUGAUCAAUGGCUCUGCCUCUCAUUCCUAUUAAACAAAUAUCAUACCCUUAUACCAAACACGGAGGAUGAGAUGCUGGAAUCCUUUCUACAUGUUUCAAAGCCAGUAAGCACUUUGCAGUCUGCAUUAGAAGCCCUAACAAUUCUUCCUUCUGAUCAAGUUUUACCAGUGUUUCAUUGCAUGAAAAUACUGGUUCCUAAGCUUCUUUGCUCCUCUGAAUCACUCUGCAUUGAGUCUUUUGAUAUGGCUUGGAAAAUUAUAUAUUCUUUGAGCAACACGCAACUGAUAUUCUGGUCUAAUUUAAAAGCUUUUGUCCAGUUUGUCUUUGAUAUCAGAGUUCUUACUGUGGCUGCCAGAACCAAGGGCCGGGCAUAUUCAAAAAUAAAGGAGAUUAUAUAUAAGAUAAUCGAAAUGUCCACAACAAAGACUGGGGUUUUCAAUAUACUCAUAAAUUAUUGCUGUCAAUCUUGGAUAGUUCCUACUUCAGAUGAUUUGACUCUCUCCCAAGAUCAAUUCUUCAAUGCUAGAGAUUAUAUUGAACUUAUUAUUGAGGGUUGCAUCUUUGGAAAUGUGUUUAGGCGAGAUCAGAGGCUUAUACAGGACGUACAAGCCUUCAUAGAAAAUCUUGGACAUGAAUGUGCAGCAAAUAUUGUCACAGAAAAUACCAACAGAGAUGACCAUUAUGUGAGAGUUUGUGCUAUCAAAUUCCUUUGUUUAUUGGAUGGAUCAAAUAUUUCCCACAAGAUGUUUAUAGAAGAUCUUGCAAUCAAGCUACUAGAUAAAGAUGUUCUGGUAUCCAGGUCUAAAACGCGUUACUAUGUGAAUUCUUUGCAACAUAGAGUAAAAAAUAGAGUAUGGCAGGCUCUACUUGUUCUCUUUCCCAAAUUUGACCAGAACUUCCUGGAUAAGAUUAUUGGCAAGAUUUUUGAAGCAGGAUUUGUCAAUAACCAAGCAUCCAUAAAAUAUUUAAUAGAAUGGAUUAUUAUAUUGAUUCUUCAUAAAUUUCCUCAGUUUCUUCCAAAGUUCUGGAAUUGUUUUUGUUAUGGUGAAGAAAAGCUCAAAAUGAGUAUCUGCACAUUUUUAUCUGUUUUGUCACAUUUGGAUAUCAUUAUUCAGAAUAUAUCUGAUAUGAAACCAGUUCUAAAACAGGCUCUUACUGUUGUUCUGCAGUGGUGUUUCAACCAUAAUUUCAGUGUUCGACUUUAUGCUUUAUUAGCUCUUAAGAAAAUCUGGGCUAUGUGCAAAACUUUGCAUGUAGAGGAGUUUGAUGCUUUGACUGCUGUUAUAGAAUCCAGCCUUCAUCAGGUGGAAAACAUGCAUGGAGCAGGGAAUGCCAAAAAGAAUUGGCAAAGAAUUCAAGAGCAUUUCUUUUUUGCAACGUUCCAUCCACUUAAGGAUUAUAGCCUAGAGACCAUAUUUUAUACCCUUCCACGUCUUUCAGAACUUGUUGAAGAUGAGUGGAUCACCAUUAGUAAAUUUAUAAAAUUCACUGACAUUCCAAUAGAUUCAGCAUUUCAGUGGUACCUUUCUCAAACUGAACUUUGUGAACUAAAACCAAGUGACUGGUCUCAGCAAGAUAUAGGUUCCAAUUCAGUUGAUGGAGACAAUCAAUCAGAGUGGAUUGAUGUUCAAAAGAAAAUGAUCCCUUGGAAAAAUAAUGUUCCUGAUUUAGAACUUGAAUUGAUAUUUCCAGAUCGUGCUGCCAAACUUGGAAAAUCCAUUAGUAGACUGAUUGUAGUAGCUUCACUCAUUGAUAAACCAACCAAUUUAGGAGGUUUGUGCCGGACCUGUGAAAUAUUUGGGGCCUCAGUUCUAGUAGUAGGUAGUCUUCACUGUAUCAAUGAUAAGCAAUUUCAACAUCUCAGUGUUUCUGCAGAACAGUGGCUUCCUCUGGUGGAGGUAAAACCACUUCAGCUUGUUGAUUACUUACAGAAGAAAAAAACAGAAGGCUAUACUACCAUAGGUGUAGAACAAACUGCCAAAAGUUCAGACUUAACAGAAUAUUGUUUUCCUGAGAAAUCUCUGCUCUUAUUGGGAAAUGAACGUGAAGGAAUUCCAGCAAACCUGAUUCAGCAUGUGGAUGUAUGUGUGGAAAUUCCUCAGCAUGGCAUCAUACGUUCCCUUAAUGUUCAUGUGAGUGGGGCUCUGCUGAUUUGGGAGUAUACAAGGCAACAGAUAAUCAAGCAAAGAGAUUUAAAGUGAUUACAAGAAGAGAAAGUUUUGUGCCUUAUCUGAACUAAAUGGUGCUUUUCAAAUAUAUUUUAAACUUCUGUAUCACUUAUGGAA